AAAGAAAGCCACCGCUCGUUCAAACAUGGCUGCUUCCUUUAUGGGAGCACAGAGUGAACAUAGUUCUUAUUGACUAGGUUGAACCUUAAUUUCUCACAAUAUCUAUUUUUAGUUGGCGUCGCUAAGACGAAGUAACGAGUCACUUGUAAGAGAAACAAAUCAGCGUCAUGGACCGCUCUUCAGAGGAGGAGGAAACCUCCCGUGUCAUUUAUAUGACCACCAGUGAAAAGGUGGUGGAUCUCCUGAAUCAGGCCGCUCUGAUACCCACAGAUGAAAAGCUUACUGUGCUUAAACAGGUCCAGGAGCUCAUCAUCAACAAAGAUCCAUCUCUUCUCGACAAUUUCCUAGAUGAGAUGAUUGCAUUUCAGACUGACAAGUCAAUUGAAGUGAGAAAGUGUGUCAUUGGCUUCAUUGAGGAAGCAUGUAAAAGAGACAAUGAGCUCCUCCUCAGACUCAUCGCCAACCUCAACAUGUUGCUGAAGGAUGAAAGUGUGAAUGUGGUGAAAAAGGCCAUCCUCACACUCACCCAUCUGUACAAAGUUACUCUGCAGUGGCUGGUGCGCUCCAAGACGAUAUCAGACAUGCAGGAGGCAUGCUGGGACAUGGUCACACAGAUGAAAGGGGAUGUUCUGGCCCUGCUGGAUUCUGAAAAUGACGGCGUGCGCACUCAUGCAAUCAAGUUCACAGAGUCGCUAAUUAUUACUCUGUCUCCACGGACAUCAGACUCUGACGUCCCUAAAAGACAGGACGGUGACAUCAGCCUGGAUAAAGUUCCCAAAGAUCACUCAUACAUUCGUUAUGAUGCCUUGUGUGAGGAGGGAAAGGCUGCACUGGAUAAGCUGCUGAAGUUCAUGGUACACCCUGCUAUUUCUAGCAUCAACCUCACAACAGCACUGGGCUCACUGGCCACUAUUGCCCGUCAGAGGCCAAUGUUCAUGUCAGAAGUGGUGCAGGCGUAUGAGACACUGCACGCAAACCUACCACCCACUCUGGCUAAGUCCCAGGUCAGUAGUGUGAGAAAGAAUCUGAAGCUACAUCUGGUGGCGGUCCUCAAGCAUCCCUGCAGCCUGGAGUUUCAGGGUCAAAUCAGCACGCUGCUGCUGGACCUGGGAAUGCCCCAGAGCGAAAUCACCCGAUCUACACCUGCACUGCGCGAGCAGCGCAAACGACCUCGCCAUGAGCAGUACACGGAAGGAAAGAAGGUCAAGAUAGAACCUGCCCUGGCUGAAGACGACGAGGACAAAGAGGAGCCCGCUCCUCUCGCGGCCCCUAAACCGGCAUCUGCUCCAGUGGCGCAGUCUGCCAUUGACCUCACAGCUGAGUUCCUGCACCCACUGCUCAACUCUGAGAAUGUAGCCAACCUGGUGCUAAUCAGCAUGGUGUAUCUGCCUGAUGUCAUGCCAGCAUCCUUCCAGGCCACAUACACACCUGUUGAGUCAGCGGGGACUGAUGCCCAGAUAAAACAUCUGGCCAGGCUGAUGGCCACUCAGAUGACUGCAGCUGGGAUCGGUCCAGGACUUGAGCAGUGCAAAGCCAGAGGGGAUGAUGCAGUCAAAGAGGAAGGCACUGAGGACGACCUCGCAAAUAAAGACCUGCUCAUUAAGCGCAAGAUUCCAGGUAUGAUGGUGGGACAAGCCAUCUCUGUGGUGGGCGGUUACACAGAAAAGGUUCCAACCCCAGAGGCUCCCACCUCAGUCAAGAGGCUUCCAGAACCCAUUCUGCCUACAGCACAAACCAAAAUGACGGGGGCGAGUGGGAGGAAAAAAGUGUUUAGGUUGUCAGAUGUCGUCCAACCUUUAUCAGAUGACCAGAUUGAGAAGUUAAUCUCCAGAUCAGUGAAACGUGUCCUGGUUUCAGAGAAGGCAAUAGCUCAAAGUGGCAUGUCCCAUGUCCGAGUGAAGCUCCUCUCCAGGCUUGUGACACAAUUUGAAGGGAUGAUGAAAGAAGACGUGCUGGAAUUUAUCUUAGAUGACAUCAGGACAAGGAGCGACCUGGCGUUUUCUCUCCUCUACCAAGAGUACAACACUUACCUCAGCCAGCUGCCGAAUGGACUGUUGGACAGCUAUGACCACUGUCUGUACACGUUGCUGUCGGGCCUGCAGGAGAAACCAGAGCAGAGGGACGGACUCUUCACCAAACUGGUACUGGAGGCUCCCAUCAUAACAGAAUCAGCUUUGGAAGUAAUAAGACGUUACUGUGAGGACGAGUCUCGGGUGUAUUUGGGGAUGACGACUCUAAAGGAGCUGAUUGUCAAACGGCCUUCAAGGCAGUUUCAGUAUCUACAUGUUCUUCUGGAUCUCAGCUCGCAUGAAAAAGAGAAGGUGCGGGCCAUGGCCUUGACUUUCCUGAAGCGCAUGUAUGAGAAAGACCAGCUCAGAGACUACAUCGAGAAGUUUGCCCUGAACUACCUGCAGCUUCUGGUUCACCCCAACCCUCCAUCUCUGCUGUUUGGGGCUGACAAAGACACAGAGGUGGCUGCCACCUGGACCGAAGACACGGUGAGACAGUGUCUCUUCCUCUACCUGUCCCUGCUUCCUCUGAACCAUCGCCUGGUCCACGAGCUGGCAUCCGUCUACACCGAGGCCAUCGCUGACAUCAAGCGCAGCGUUCUUCGAGCAAUAGAGCAGCCUAUCCGUGGGAUGGGGAUGAACUCUCCCGAGCUGCUGCUUCUGGUCGAAAACUGUCCUAAAGGAGCAGAAACAUUAGUCACUCGCUGUCUGCACAUUCUGACAGAUAAAGUACCUCCGUCUCCAGAGCUGGUGGAGAGAGUGCGAGAUCUUUACCAUAAACGUGUGCCAGAUGUUCGUUUUCUUAUCCCGGUCAUAAAUGGCCUAGAAAAGAAUGAAGUCAUCCAGGCUCUGCCCAAGCUGAUCAAACUAAAUCCUAUUGUCGUAAAGGAGGUGUUCAACCGUCUGUUGGGAACUCAGCACAGUGAAGGAAGUUCAUCCGUGUCGCCACUCACCCCAGGAGACCUGCUGAUUGCCUUGCACAACAUAGACUCAACCAAAUGUGACAUGAAGUCUAUCAUUAAAGCCACCAACCUGUGCUUUGGGGAGAGGAACGUAUACACGUCGGAGGUCUUGGCGGUGGUGAUGCAGCAACUGAUGGAGCACAGUCCGCUCCCCAUGCUGCUCAUGCGCACCGUCAUCCAGUCCCUCACCAUGUAUCCCCGACUGGGCGGCUUUGUCAUGAACAUCCUGUCGCGCCUUAUUGUCAAGCAGGUGUGGAAGUAUCCUAAGGUGUGGGAGGGAUUUGUGAAGUGCUGUCAAAGGACUAAGCCUCAGUCGUUCAGUGUGCUCCUUCAGCUGCCGCCUGCCCAACUGUCGAGUGUGUUUGAACGCUGCCCAGAGAUGCGAGAACCGCUUCUGCUGCAUGUCCGCUCCUUCACCCCCCAUCAGCAAUCUCACAUACCCAACUCCAUCAUUACGAUCCUGGAAGCAAAUAAAAAACCACAGCUGAAACCAGAGACUGUUGUGGAGCAAGAGAUGGAACCAGUCCCUGCUCCAGCUGCCUCGGUUCCAGAAACGGCUCCCACUGCGACAAUGGCAGAACCAGAGACACUAGAUCAGCACGACGCUGUCAUCGUGAAAGAUGAAGAAGAACCAAUGGAACAAGAACACUUGGAUCCAGUGAUACAGGAGCAACCGGCCAAUCUGUUAACCAUCUCCCAGGUGGAGUCUGAAACAAGAAGCGAAACACCGUCACCUCAGCCAGAACCAGCUGAAGAACCAAUGGAGGCGUCUCAAUCUGAACCCGCAGAUCCACAGGAGCCAGAAAAAGAGGUUGAAUCUGAAGUCACCGCGCCAGACGCUGGAAGUGGCAGGGAGGAUGCAGAAUAACUGCUUAUGACACAUGCACUGAGACUGAAAAGAAAACUUAACAUUUGUUUUCAUUUUUUUUGUAUUUUCUAGUGAACAGACUUUGAGUAAUAAAAGAAAGAUGAACUUGAGUUAGGAAGCAUUCCAUAUGCCUUCAUAUCACAAUGGGUUGGCAAAUAAAUGAAGAACGCUGUGGUCUUCUGUACUGUA